AACCACAUUUAUCCGUUUAAAUUCCUCUUGUGGCCAGAAUCUCAUAUCCACUUCUCACUACCUAUCAAGAUUCUCUUUCCAAAAAUUCAAAAGGAAGAAGAAUAAGAGUCUCGAGCUUUUCUCAGAUCUCCAUUUUCUUCAACUAUUUCCCAAGAAAUUUAAUUUGAAUCGAAGCAGGAAAGAAAAAAUAAUAAUCCUAAAAUCCUAUUUUUAGAUUUUUUUUUUUUUUUUUUCUUCGUUUUGGGGCUUAGAAUGGGAGAUAUAUAGUGUAAGGUAAUUAUUAGUAGAAUGAUAUAUAGUGUAAGUCACAGGAAGAUUUUGUAAUUUCAUUUUUCUCAUAAUUUCGGAUCGUGCGUUUGGGUGUGAAGAUCAGUCUAGCUUCUGAUGGCAGAAGUAGCAAAGGACUUGACUGCUGGGACCGUUGGAGGGGCUGCACAGUUGAUAUGUGGGCACCCCUUCGACACUAUCAAGGUCAAGCUCCAAAGCCAGCCUGCCCCACUCCCUGGCCAACUAGCCAAGUACUCAGGUGCCAUGGAUGCCGUUAAGCAGACAAUUGCAGCAGAAGGCCCGGGGGGCUUGUAUAAAGGGAUGGGAGCCCCACUUGCCACUGUGGCAGCCUUCAAUGCAGUCCUCUUCACUGUGAGGGGGCAGAUGGAGGCAUUUUUGAGGUCUCAACCCGGAGCUCCACUUUCAGUCAACCAGCAGGUGGUCUGUGGAGCAGGUGCUGGAGUUGCCGUUUCCUUUCUAGCGUGUCCAACUGAGUUGAUCAAGUGCAGGUUACAGGCCCAGAGUGCUUUGGCAGACUCCACUGCAUCUGCUGGCGUGGUAAAAUAUAGUGGGCCAAUGGACGUGGCCAAGCAUGUUCUCAAGUCGGAAGGGGGUGCGAGGGGACUCUUCAAAGGCCUGGUUCCAACAUUAGCACGUGAAGUCCCUGGAAAUGCUGCGAUGUUUGGUGUAUAUGAAGCCCUCAAGCAGUACUUUGCUGGAGGACCUGACACUUCAAGGCUGGGCAGGGGUUCUUUGAUUGUUGCUGGAGGCUUGGCUGGAGGCUCCUUCUGGAUCUCGGUCUACCCUACUGAUGUCAUUAAGAGCGUGAUUCAGGUUGAUGACUACAGGAACCCGAAGUAUUCUGGCUCAAUCGAUGCCUUCAAGAAGAUCUUAGCAUCGGAGGGUGUCAAGGGUCUCUACAAAGGGUUUGGGCCCGCCAUGGCCCGAAGUGUUCCGGCAAAUGCAGCCUGUUUUUUGGCAUAUGAGGUGACAAGGUCUAGUUUAGGUUGAACUGCCUCAAAUUCCAUCUCCGAUUUAUUUUUUUUCCCCUGCUGUGUUCAUCAAGUUUCCUCAUUGUUGCUUUUCAAAAGCUAAGCAUGGAAUGAUUACAGUUACCAGCUUUGAAACAUGCACCUGGUUGCUUUUACAUUA